AUGUCUGGAUUUGGCUCAGACAUCCUAGGUUUGCAUCCCAGUUCUGUAACAGUGUCCAGCCCAGCCAGAAGAAAAGUCAAAAUCUCACAACAUCUUUUGACCAAAAGCGUGGUAGCAGUGACUGAUUAUCACAUCCAUGGGCCUCUGGAGCUGCUGCCCCACCGGAAUGAACGACUUCAGGUCCUUUGCAGAGAAGGUGAAGAAAGGAGGUUUGGCCGCCUCCAGAACGGGCAACAAGGACAACCCUUGGCCAGAAACACAGCCAGACAUGUGGGAAUUCCUGAUCCCAAACCAUUAAUUUUGUGUGGGAAUCGAGCAUAUGGAAAAUCUCUGAUACCCCAGACCUCCCUCUCCGUGCCCAGGAUCACUGUGAAACAGCCUCCUGUCAGUGAAGUAGCAGCAGCAGAAGAAAGUGGCCGAACUCUGACAAAAGAACCUAGAAGACUGCCGAGAAAAAUGCCUGAAGAUGAUCCGGCCUUCCCCCAGGGAGCAGAAGCCUCUGUGCCACUGACAGGCAGAACUAGCUGUGGAACCCCCAACAUCCUCCGGAAAAUGUGGCUGAAGCACAAGAAGAAGUCAGAGUAUUUGGGAGCCACAAAUUGCGCCUUUGAGGCUGACUGA